ACUUCCACCAAGUUCUGGUACUGGAAGGCCUUCGAAUCCAGCCUCUCGCUGCACGAUUUCUUAGCAGCCCACGCUCGCUCCGUACGGGCGAUCCUCGCCUCUCUUUCAGUCGUGGACGUCAGCCUCCUCGAACUCUUGCCGGAGGUGCGUGUUAUCGCCACCACUAGCGCUGGGCUCAACCUAUUAUUGGACUUGCCCAAAUGCUACCGCCGAGGUAUCAAGAUCGCCAAUGCAGGGGAUGUAUAUUCCGUUGAUGUCGCCAAUUGCGCCAUCGAAGUGUUGAUUGAUGUGCCGAGGAAGAUUUCCGCUAGCAAUCGCUACGUCAAGUAA